AACUAAGUAAUGAUAAGCUAGAAUUGACUCGUGAUGAGAUGCGAAUAAUAUUUACGUCUGACGUAGCAUCAGAGUAAUGAUUCUAUCGUCAGUUACGUAAUAGAAAGUAAUAGACAGGUCUAGGCAUUAUGAUACGGUACGUACUACAUACAUUACGGAAAUAUGAAUGAUCUGUUAUUGUCGGAUUUCAUCUCGGAUUUCAACCUACGCUCGCACCUGGUUGGGAACUAGUGUAAAUUCGCUUUGGAAUUACCCAAAGGCUGAUUUCAGUAGCCAUGGUUUCAAAAACUUGGAAAAUUUGUAUGAAAGCUCCUUCGAAAAGACCUAUGUGAACUUGUUGCCCCACAAAAAAUCAAAAAAUGCCCCCUAUUCUUCUCAAAUUGAGGUUUUUACAAAGAAAAACGAUCUUCUGAAAUCCCACAGACGAUUCAAAUAGUCAAAAUUCGUUAGUUUUUCACCCUCUACCGUAAGAACGACACUGCAUCGGGGUGCAGGGUAUCAAAAGGGGAUCGGAAACAUAGGUUUUUCAGAUCGGCUCCUACGCGGCUGUGCGCCAGAAAUUUAACGGGAGAACCUGAAGGACUGUGUCAGUAUGCUCAGGGCGCCUGACCAGGUCAGGUCUUUGUUAACCCGGGAAGUUGAGGGAGAUUCUCGUGGCGUAAUAUAUUGAUCCUUUUCGGAGGCUGCGACGUCACGACGGCUCCGUAUCAAAUCUGUCAGUCGUCGGUACCGCGGAUACGAUUGCUUGUUACUUCGUUUCGUGGCAUCUGUAUUGUACAUGUGUCCCUCAAUUAUUAUAUUACUAUGAUAUUGUCACGACAAUUAUUACAACGAAUAAAGUGUGGUUUUAUCAAAAAAACCUCUGUGCGCGUUUUGGCCAAUGAAAUAUAACGUGUAUUUUAUGAAUUAGUUAAUCGUACACGACUCCACUUACGAUAUUGUGGAGAACCAUGACUAGUAAUUGUUAUCGACGAUUAUAUAAAGUAAAUUUAAUCCUACGGUCUUACGACGUUACUGUACGAAUUUCUCUCUCUCAUUAUCAAUAUACGUAAUCGUGUUAUGCCUGGUUAUCUCGAUGACACACCUCAGUCUGCAUGGAAUUUUCGUGCAGGAAACUCGAAUAGUUUUUACCACUGCCCUACAGCGUGUUUGUUACGUAUGAAUGCGUGCAAGUUAUGAGUAAUUCACGUAUCUCUGUUCAUGUUAUAUCAGUAUGAGUCUAACUAACGUCCAUGUAUCACACACUCUGAAAAUCAGUUGUGCUUGAUCACGCCUCUGCGGUGUAAUGACAACGGUUUAAUCUUCCAACGACUGUCGAGUGAAGAGGUCGUUUCAUUUCAUACAACUGUGAUAUUUGUCCUAGCGAGCGUACUGAUACGCUGGAAACAGCUAAUACCAUGGCUGUUCAAAUACUGGACGUGGAUCACCUCGCCGUCAGCGCUAUUGUCACUGUGGGAAUGCAGCUUAUAUUUUUCAUAAUAGCUGCGAGUCUCCAGAUAGACAAAGUUACUGACUUCGCUGGAGGAACGAAUUUCAUUAUUUUAGCUCUCCUCACAUUUUUCCUUGGCCAAGACGGCAAGAACUACGACAGUAGGCAGUUGAUGGUGACUAUUUUUGUUUGCCUUUGGGGUGCGCGAUUGUCGGGCUACCUGCUCUAUAGAAUAUUAAAAAUAGGGAGGGACAAAAGAUUCGACGAUCGGCGAAGCAACGUUAUCCGUUUCGCGGUUUUUUGGACUUUCCAGGCCAUCUGGGUAUUCACGGUAAGUUUACCGGUAAUAUUUAUAAACUCACCUCGUCACAAAAUUCCGCCCGCGCCGAAGACAAUGACCACCCUCGAUAGCGCCGGAACAGGACUUUUCGUCAUCGGACUUCUCGCUGAAACAUAUGCGGAUCUCCAAAAGUUUUCCUUCAGAUCUGACCCCGUUAACGAUGGAAAAUGGUGUAACGAUGGAUUAUGGCGACUUUCAAGACACCCAAAUUACUUCGGUGAAAUCGUUGUAUGGUGGGGAAUCUUCAUUAUUUCAUUGAACGUCAUCGAAGGAAUAGAAUUCGUGGCUAUCGCUUCACCGUUAUUCACGACGUUCCUCAUUUUAUUCUUAUCCGGAAUACCCCUCUUGGAAAAAGCGUCCGACGAGAGAUAUAGAGACAAUCCGGACUAUCGGUACUACAAGCAGUCUACGUCACCCUUAAUCCCGAUUCCGCCAUCAAUAUACGUGGAAGUUCCAUGGUUCUUGAAAUUUAUCCUAUGCUGUGAGUUCCCACUUUACGAUUCCCUUGACCCUAAACCUCAGCCUGCUGCCACCGAAUCGACUUCGAUCAGUAACGCGGCUUCCACGUAGCUGUAGCCGUACGUCGGGGGUCCAGCCUCGGCACCCGGCGUACACGCUGCAACAGCCUCAAGUACAGCCAGCACAAGUACGGCCCUCUGAGUUACCGCUGAUACCCACGUCGCCGGUUUCUUCAGCUUCAUCUCUUACUAUUUCAUCCAGCGAAGAAACCUCCGAUUGGACAUUCAAGGCUACAACUUCGGAAAGUCGUCCUUUAAAUCAAAUCAUGCCACCUGUUUGUCGAAUCAGUAUCGAGGAUUCAAGUUCCGCCGCAAGGCUCACUGUAGGAAGAAUAGCUGACGCUGCUUAUGAGUCGUUAAAUUU